AUGAUUCCCGGGGACAUCAGCGACAUUCCUACGUUGGCGUGUCUGAACAAGCCGCAGAAACGGGCCCUGAUACUGCGCGAUCAGCUCCGAUACCUUGAGCCGGCUCAUCUAGACACCUUCCUCGAUGGCGUCACGGCGGACGAGCCGCCCACAUACAGAAGCGUCAACGGCAACGUAUGGCCUCCUCUUGCGCAAAUCACUAUCAGAGAGAGCGCAACCCGCUUCGAUCUUGGCAACGUCCAGUUUUCUGAAGAGGGUGGGAAAACACAUCGGGUUUGGCUGACGGUGGAGGACGAGCGUUUCGAGAUGCGCACUGAAGACCCGCUACCGAAAGACGAUGCCGAGCUGGCAUCGGUGUCCAUACAUCGCUUCGUGGCUGAGAACAUGUUUCCGCUGUUCAAAACGAAGUACAAGGCAAUACACGCGAGGAUGGAGAAGAUCAACGAGGCGAGGCGUGUUGCUUACAACAUGCUCAACCAUCCACCAGCAAAGUUCGAAGAGGGAGAAACACUGGCCAGGCUGCACUCAGCAAAGCCCAAGAUCAACGAAGACUCUUCUCGAGGCAAGUCCACCCUUCAUCAAGGAGGCUCUCGCAAGCGCAAAGAAGUCACCAAACAUGUCUCCAACAAGCGUCAACGUAUCGGUCUAGAGACGAUCCCCGACACCGUCAAGAGCGAGACGUUCAACACGAUACCCGCGCAUAUCAAAGUAGAUCUCUUCAACAACAUCAUCAAGACAGCCUUCCCCAAUUUCGACAAUCUGAUCAUCGCAUCUUGGAACGUGGUAUCGGUGUACGCCAACGUCGGCAGCGACUUCCCAGAGCUGCACAAGGCUGUCGUUGAGCUCAAGGGAGCGCUUGAAGAGUUCGAGAGCGCAUACGCCCCUCCUCGCAGCAAGCAUAGCAAGGCCCGGAAAGAAGCGACGCCCAGCCAACAGAGCAGUGGGAACGGAACUCACAUAGCGACGCCUGGACCUGCAGCAGCCAAGGAAAGCAGAGGCACGUCCAGCGCAGCUACGAAGCAGUCACACGAGGACGACAACGGCAACGAUGUACCAUGCCAAGGCGCCGACGAAGAAGAAGAGGAAGAAGAAGAAGGAGGAGGAGGAGAGGACUCCAAGCACCCAAUGCCACCUCCCCGCCCCCUACGACCAAACCAACACCUCGCGCAUGAACAAGGACAGCACGAGCCGCCACAUACAGACCCUCAGAUACCUCCUCCCACCACCAUCACUACCACACUCCUCCGCGCCCCCUCUCUCCCCCGUAACACCACCCCCCACGCAGUCCCGCCCACCGCGCACCCACACACACCCCCGCUACGCGACCGCGCCGCAGACUCCCACCACAACAGUCCCGCCGCACACGAUCGUAGCGCUGCGCCGGGGUCGGAGCUGAUGCGCAAACGACAGGCGUACGCUUCUUCCGUCGGGAAAAGCAAGUCCGGCUGGGGCCGUGAGCGUGCGUAUGGGCUGGGCCAGGCGGGAGGUGGGAGUGCAGACGGAGAGCGAGAACGGGGUCUCGAUGGCGGUAGAAGUGCGGAUGUCGAUGUCGAUGUCGAUGUCGAUGUCGGUGUCGAUGUCGGUGUCGGUGUCGAUGUCGGUGUCGGUGUCGGUGUCGGUGUGUAUGAGAGGAACGUAGACACGCCUCCGGUACUGGGGAUGUCUGGUUCUGGAUCGGGAUCGGGAUCAGGCUCCGGGAGGAGAGGGGGUAUGGUGCCCGUUGCAGAGAUGUUGCCUGUUAAGAGGGAUAAUGGGCUGGGGAGAAGGGGGGUCUAG